CACGUAAACGUUACUCACCGCAGACUACGUUAGCAACAUAAUAAACUAGUCAGUAAAAUGUACAUUCACGUGUUUAUUAUUUGACCUAUCAUCUAAUUGAAAGCUGCAAGCGAGCAUAUAAAGUGUAUUGUACAAUGGGGUUAUAAAGUUGCGCUCCGCUUGCUUUGAAAGCAGGGAGCAUGUCACGUGGGGUAGUGACGUCACGACAAGGGUAAGCUGGGUAACGAAUUUCUCAUAGCAACCAUUCGACAGCAACAGGGAGUGUUGUGCAUUUGCUGUGAUGAAAAUUGGCAGUUUAGUUGGAUGUCUGGCCAUGAUUGCUUGUGUGUGAGUACAGUGACAUGGCGAAUACACAGGAGAUGUCACUAGGAUCGCUAGGCGGUGUCCAGAAUUGCCUCUUAGGAAUAAAAUGUCGAUGAGAUUGAAGGCUUUGGAUACUGCCGAUGCAUCGACGAUUGCAGCAGCCGCAGCAACAAACGGGGAAUCCAUAGUUGUCGGUACUCGCAUAGGACAUUCCACUGUGGCUAAUCACUUGCCUCUACUAAACCACCAGAUGAUCGGUGGUGACAGCAAGCAGACUCUGGCAAAGAUCAACCACGCCAGCGGUCACGGAGCCGGAGUUCAAGUUCAGCAAUUAUACGAAGCGUCAACCGAGCAUAAAAUGAAGCAAAAUGGCGAGACGUUCAACUCGGGUACCCCUACUCAGCUGCUGCCCACCGUACGACCGUCCAGCAGUGCUGGGAGCACUGGCAGUGGCGGUCACUCGGGAUCUGUUAAGCUUAAAUCGCAGCCGCUGACACCAGAGCAGUCUAUGAAGCUGUACAUGCACAAACUCUCUGCGUACGAACAUCACGAGAUCUUCAGCUAUCAAGAAAUCCACUUUCUGGGACCAAACGCAAAGAAGCGACAGGGCGUCGUUGCCGGACCUCAAAACAGCGGCUACGACGACGAGAACGGCUCGUACAUACACGUGCCGCACGACCACGUCGCGUAUCGCUACGAGGUGCUGAAGGUAAUCGGCAAGGGUAGCUUCGGGCAGGUCGUGAAGGCGUACGACCACAAGACGCAUCAGAACGUCGCGCUCAAGAUGGUGCGCAAUGAGAAGCGAUUUCACCGGCAGGCGGCGGAGGAGAUACGAAUCCUCGAGCACCUGCGCAAGCAGGACGUCAAGGACAACUCGAUGAACAUCAUCCACAUGUACGACCACUUCGUGUUCCGCAACCACCAGUGCAUCACCUUCGAACUGCUCAGCAUCAACCUCUACGAGCUCAUCAAGAAGAACAAGUUCCAGGGCUUCAGCCUGCAGCUCGUGCGCAAGUUCGCGCACUCGCUCCUGCAGUGCCUCGACGCCCUCUACAAAAACAAGAUCAUCCACUGCGAUCUCAAGCCGGAGAACGUGCUGCUGAAGCAGCAGGGACGCAGCGGCAUCAAGGUCAUCGACUUCGGCUCGAGCUGCUACGAGCACCAGCGCGUCUACACGUACAUCCAGUCGCGCUUCUACCGCGCUCCCGAGGUGAUCCUCGGCGCGCGAUACGGCAUGCCCAUCGACAUGUGGAGUCUUGGAUGCAUCCUCGCCGAGCUGCUGACGGGAUACCCGCUCCUCCCUGGGGAAGACGAGGCCGACCAGCUCGCGUGCACGAUCGAACUCCUGGGGAUGCCUCCGCAGAAGCUGCUCGAGCAGUCGAAACGCGCGAAGAACUUCAUCAGCUCGAAGGGGUACCCGCGCUACUGCACCGUGACGAACCUACCAGACGGCACGGUCGUGCUGAACGGGGGCCGCUCGCGUCGCGGGAAGCCCCGCGGCCCGCCGGGCAGCCGCGACCUCGUGCAGGCGCUCAAGGGCUGCGACGACGCGCUCUUCCUCGACUUUCUCCGCCGCUGCCUCGAGUGGGACCCGGCGACGCGCAUGUACCCACCCGGCGCGCUCCGACACCCGUGGCUGCGGCGGCGGCUGCCGAAACCGCCGUCGACGGAAACCGCGGGGGCGGCGUCGCCCGCGCCCGGGCGGAAUUCGUCGCGGAGCGUCAUCACGAAGCUGUCCAAUCGCAACGCGAGCGCGAAACAGAGGGUGCCGCUAGCGGAGGAGCCGUCGCUAAACACGCGAACUAAGCUACCGCAGAUCGGGAACUCCAUCUUGUAGCGCAACCUGGCGGGCGAUGGCGGCGUGUUUUAGAAAAAUCGCUUUGCGUGUCGCAGUUUGCGCCGACGCAAGGCUGUGAUAAUUUAUGCCAAAGUGUUGUGCUGUCAUACAUACGUAGAAAGCACGCGAGAGAGACAGAGAGAGAGAUAGUAUUCACUCGAUGGCAUGAUGUGACUCCAUAUAUACAUAUAUGUGUGUGUAUCUAUACGUGUGCGUACGUGUUGGUGUUAUUUAUUACAUGAGCUUCAUGUAUGUGCGUUUUCCCCGUCGGACGCUCGACGCUCCGGACUCUAGGAGACGCCGUCCUGCUCUCCCGCGAGUUCGCAGAGGGCGCCACCUACGCACGGCGCUCGCUCUCCGACGAGAUGAUCUCAGCGCCACCUGGAGGCACGCACGGCGUUCAGCGGGAUGCCCGAUGCAGGUGGCGCCACCGUCUACAGACCGCUCGCGCCGCCAUGUUGGCCCGACGGCGUUGCCGUGGCGACCGCGAGGUUCCAUCGUCCAGGGGGCGCCGGCGUCGACGGGAGUCAUUGAUCCGCUCCCCCCCGGAGGGCGCCGGCUAUUGCCGCGUCGAGACGUGAGGACCGCUGUUUGUUGUGCGUCACCUAGCAACGAUGAAAUUUGCAUGAGCGCGGCGUCUGGCCGCGAGAAUCCCCCCCAUCCUCCUCCCUCCCUCCCCCCUAGUCCCCCCUCCCCCUAGCCCGCCCACGAUUACAGAUAUUAGAUCGUUGUUACUCCGUUGUUGUACAUUUUUCUUCUUUUACCAUCUUUCGUUAUUUCGUGUGUUUUUUUAGUUUUUUCGCCGGCUUUUUAUAUCGUCGUCAUCGUUAUAACGAUUUUACUCUCGGACGCGUGGGUUUUUUCGACGCAUACAGAAUCAGGCCAGUUUCCGUCCAUAUGUUGUGUUGCAAUGUUUUAGUAGGUUUUUUGUACAGUUGCAUAUAUAACAACGAGAUAGAGCGUGAGUGAGGGAGAGAGCGAGAGAUAGAGAGAGAGAGAGAGAGCGCGAGAGAUAGAGAGAGAGAG